AUGCAGCUCGGAACUUCAGUAAGGAAACCUCCCUUAUCGGCGACCGUCGGAGUCUACAAUCUCGACCCGACUAUCACCGAAAAAGAGGUCGAAAACGUCAUUCGAAGGACGCUGAACCGACACGACGAAGAUGACAUCAAGGUAGAGAGCAUCCGAUGCAGUGAAGCAGGGGACCGAAGCACUCUCCUCAGACUUCGAAAGAAGGACGCUGAGACACUUUCCAAAAUCCGUAAGGUGCGAAUCGGAUGGCAGACCUGCACGCUUAGAGAAUGGAAGUCCGUACCGGAGGGCUACAGAUGUCAAGAAGUCGGUCACCUCGCAGCGGGAUGCAGAAGAGACGCGAAGCCUCGAAGAUGCUACAAAUGCGGCACGGAAGGUCAUAUCGGCAGAGAGUGCCAGGCGAUGGAGCAACACUGCCAUAAGUGCAAGGCCUCGGCACACACAGCGUACUCUUCCGCGUGCCCAGUGUUCAGGGAGACGCUUGAAAGUAUGAAGAAGGCCCACCGAGCACCGACGAACCUCGACCAGGCCGGAAAUUUCAAAACGGAACCGACCGGACCGGUCCCACAACUAGCGGAAAGCCCGGCGACGAAAGACAUCUACUCAGGAGCCUGGGUCACAGUCCAGACGAAGAAGAAUAAACCAUCCAGACAGAAUAAUGACGCUUAA